UUGAUAGUACCUACUUGAUAGGUAAAAAGUUACUGUUUAUUUGCUCUGUUCCGUUCCCUGUAUUUUUAGUUUCCUAGAAAGUAAUACAUCAUGACGAUCAUAAAAGUAGCAGAUGAGAGCGAGGUGAUCAGUAAGCUUACUAUGUAUGUAGAGAAAAUAUCGAACGACGCUAUUUACAAUCGAGGAAAGUUUUACAUUGGGUUAUCUGGUGGUUCGGUCCUUAAGUUCCUCUGUGAAGGGCUACCAAAGGUCAACACUGUGUGGUCCAAAUGGACCCUGGCGUUCUGUGACGAACGAGUAGUACCUGAAGACAAUGAGGACUCCACGUUCGGAGUUUACAAGAGGGAACUCAUACCUAAGACUGAAUUAAAAGAGGAACAAUUUAUUGUUUUGAAACAAGGUGUCUCAGCUGAAGAAGCAGCAAAAGACUACACAGAAAAGCUGAAAUCAGCCUUUAACAGUGAAGAAUUCAAAUUUGACUUGCUCCUCCUUGGCAUGGGGCCUGAUGGACACACUUGUUCCCUGUUCCCGGGACAUCCACUACUGGGAGAGACCAGCUUGAAAGUGGCACCCAUCAUAGACUCUCCAAAACCACCUCCGGCGAGAAUCACUUUGACAUACCCUGUGAUAAACUUGGCCAGGAAUUGUAUUUUUGCUAUUAGUGGGGCAGGGAAGGCAGACAUGGUGAAGCGCAUCCUGAAGGAUAAGGAAGACCUGCCUUCAGCUCGCGUGAAGCCGCAAGGCGCGUUGUACUGGAUUGUCGACAACGCUGCCGCCGCACACAUAUGAAUAUCGCUAACCAAUACUAGACUUGAUGACAUUGCAGUAAGAUUCAGAUUAGUAAUUUUCAAAACAUUUAAUGUCUGAAUGAAUGAUAGAUAUGUUAUAGUAAAAAUGAGCAGAAAUGCUCUCCUAAUGGUAAAAGUACACCUAACGAUAUCAUAGUAUCAUCCAAAAUCUCCCUUUUUCCAAUAUUCUUUUUAUUGCAAUGCCUCAAUGUCUUAGUAAUUUUAAAACAAUCGAAACCUUGUGAUGAGAUAAAUAAUGUGAUAUUUCAAAGAAUGAAAGUAUAAAAGAAAAGGCAGAUUUAUUUUAUGUACUGCCAAGUUUCAUAAGCAUAAAGCUAUUUAUUAGCAAUGCAGUCAGAAUUUCUGGAAUCUGCAGCUUUCUUUUUCGCAGUGCAUGUCUGUUUGCAAAAUAUUUUUCACCACACCAACUGGUAAAGGCUAUCUCUGCUAUUCGAAAAAGAUAGCAAAAUUGCAUUUUAUCCACAAGAGUGCAAAGUAUUUCAUACAAAUUUUAACUUGAUGUCAAAGCUGGCUGGGAGAAUUUACCUAUGAAUAUUGAAUAAAUUGAUGGAUUUGAUUUACCUGUACCUGAUCAUUAUACGCGAUUUAAUCCGU